AAAAAAUAUCAUAGGGCAAAAAUAAAAGGACUAAUAGAAUCGAACAAAUAAUUAAUUUACUAGUAUAGUUAAGAUGGCCGCAAAGAAUUCAGAUGAACUCGAAGGCCUGUAUGAGUUGACUUUUGGGUUUACAGAUGAAGGGAUCGAGUUUCAAUCAUGUGAAAAUUCGUUAAAAUCGAAUAUUAGUUAUAGCAGCGAAGAAAUACUGAUGAACGAAGAGGAGGAGGAUGAAAAUGUUAACGAUAGCGAAGAAAAUAAAGCAUUUUGGGCAUCACAAGAAGAGCUUCUUAAGACAACAUUGUGUAGGACAACUUCUUUUGAGUCAAAAGUUAGAAAAGCAACAAAAGAGGCUUUAAAAGAAUUGAAAUUCACAAGUUUCAAAUGUAGCUGCCGGAAAAUGGUAUCCGAUGGUUGCCGGAAAUGUAUGCAAAGAGAAAUCUCCGAUCGACUUACAAACGAAGGUUAUAAUUGCUUCAUUUGCAAGUCUAAGUGGAAAAGCACACCCGAAAUACCUUCAGGUGAAUAUACAUACAUUGAAGUGAUGACAAACGCAAGUUCAGAAAAAGGUGAAAUGAAGGUGAUUAUAGAAUUAAAUUUUCGAGGAGAAUUCGAAAUGGCACGAGCUAACGAAGGGUAUAAUCGUCUAGUUGAAAAAUUGCCGGAAGUAUACGUCGGAAAAAUCGAAAGGCUUAGAAAUUUAAUAAAAAUAUUAUGUUGUGCUUCUAAAAAAUGCAUGAAGGAAAAAAAAAUGCAUAUGGCUCCAUGGAGGAAGCACAAAUACAUGCAAGCUAAAUAUCUCGGCUCGCCGGAAAUUAAGUCGGAGACAAUUUUUCCGGUGAAUAAUCUCCGGCGGUUGCCAAGGCCAAGUGGUUCAAUGCUCACUUUUGAUUUGCUUGAUAGCUUGACCCCGGCGAUCAAAGUUAUUUGAUCACCGGGGUCAGAUUUCUUUUACCUAGUACUAAGUAUUAGAAUAUUCCUAUUUUGCCCUUGGAAUUCGGAAUUAUUAAUUUUGCUCGUAAACUAGUGAGAUAUAAUAGAUAUAUAUAUAUUAUUAUGGAAUAUUCCUAUUGCAUCCUUGUAAGUUAUGGUUUAUUUGAAUUUAAUUUUGUAAGAAUUUUA